CCUUGGCCACUGAUCGACACACGUGAGCAUGGCUCCAAUCCUCGCUCCCUAUUCGGUGGACAAGUGCCCGAAGGCGUACGACCAGUACAAGUUUACGCUGCCCGAGCUGUACCGUGAGGUGGCCAAAGAGGAACUGCGCGAGGAUGACGCCGUACGUGAGAGAGCACUCGCCGAAAUGCGCACCUGGAUUGCGGAAAAUCCGUACAUCUUCAAGUGCCGCACGGAUGCAAAGUUCUUGCUGCGGUUCCUGCGCUUCCGUCAGUUCUCCGUACCGAUGGCUUGCGAAGCGCUGGAGCGGUAUCUAACUGUGCGCGAGCUGUAUCCGAGCUGGUUCAAGAACCUGGACUGUACCGAUCCUCUCAUGCGGGAAAUUUUCCACAACGGACCGUUCACCCUGCUCGGGUGGGAUGCGGCCGGGCGACUGGUGGGAUUUUCCCGGUUCGCCGGAUUCGACGGGGAGAACCACCGUCCCGCCCAGGAUGGCCGGUUUAUGGCGCUCGUCAUGGAGACGCUGCUGGAGUGUGAAGAGUUCCAGAUCGGUGGCUGUCACGUUCUGAUCGACUUUCACGACAGUACGGUGAGAAAUUUCGAAAAGUGGAGUACGACCGAUCUGAAGAUCAUGAUGGAAGCGUACAGCCACGCGUACCCGCUGCGCUACGGAGACAUUCGUUCGGCGGCGCUGCCAAAGUUUGCCAUGCCCGUGAUCGAUACGUUCCUGUCGUUCGCGAAUCCGAAGAUGCGCGAGAAGAUCAGUUGCUACUCAACGACGGCGGAGCUGGAGAAGUUCUUCGAGGCGCCAUUGAAACCUGCCCUGUACGGUGGACCGGUGAAGCUGGACGAAGCGAAUCGUGACCUGUGGAAACGGUUCGAGGAACAGCGCGAGGUAGUGCUCGGGCUUGAUCGUAUGGAGAUCGAUCUGGACUACUAUUCUUCGCGGUGGAACUUUGAAGGAACCACACCGGACGAGAUUGCAGCCGGCGCCAUGUUCAAGCGGUUAAGCAUGUGCUGAUCGUUGACUUCUCCAGAAUUCAGACUCCAACUUAACGCAUGAGGAUCGCUUCACCUUAAAAAGCUUGUAACGAAAUAAAUUCACGUUCUAAUCCUCCGGCUAAUGUUGACAAGUGCAUUGACUAAGCGC